CACCUUCACUCACGCGUACCAUUUUUCCGAGUCACCGAAAGCCAUGCAAUUAAUCAGCAAAGUCAUAGGGUCAAUAAAUCGUGAGUUGUGAAACGAAGGUCAGAAAUUUCAUUUUCGAAUUCGAUAAAAAAUUCAAAUCAUGCUCGUUGUUGCAAGGAAAAAAUUACGACAUUCCAAUGCGAGCUAGUUUUGCCGUUGCAAUGUCAGGGUUUUCACAUUGCAUUGAUGGACUACGAUAACAAAUCAACAAUGGGGCAAAAGUAAAGAACUUUGUACAUCGGUCAGAUUUGAUGCAAUUAGUGCAUCGAUAUUAAAUUUUGCAAUACGGAAGUAUGAACGGCUGAAAUGCGCAUAUUGUCUGCAAAUGCAGCUCCGAAGAAUGGAGAAAAAUGCGUCCGUGCGAAAUAAUACCGACGGAUUUUCACAGCGAGCAUCAGCGAGAUAAAAUUGUUUAUUGAUGGGAAAUGCGAAUGAAUGCUCGAAAGCCCAGUUUUAUUAAAUGUAGCAACAAUUAUUAAGAAAUUUUCCGUCUUGCUUCAUCGGAAAAAUCUAAGCAAAAAUUGGAAAUUGGCCGAUCAUUCUGUUGUAUAAGCGGACGCAUAUCUUCACGAUUUUAAUACAUGAUUUAGAAAAUGCUAACGUGAAACAGGUAUCACUAUUUGUGUUACAUAAUAAGGAUUUAGAUCCAUGUUUAUUGGAAACGCACCAAACUAGUCAUUACCGCCUACGUGUGUAUAAAGCUUCCGUUGCCGUCUCACAAGAAAGUGCAUCAAGUAAAAUUCUGAAAUAAUUUAUGGGAACUCUUACUCAUUAGUUACCUUAAAGGAAUUUCGCUAAAGUUCGAGUCAUAAUCUACAGGAAAUUCAAAUUCUUCGAAGAAAAACGUCUUUACUGUAAUGAGAACUUUCCCUUACUUCUCCAAAACGGAAGCAAUUUGCAUCCGCUUUAGAAAGAAAAUAAAUUAGUCAUUUGUUUCCCCGUGAUUGAAAAUAUUUUCUUAUCAGUUGACAUCGCAUCAAUACUUCAAGCAAAGGUUAAUAGUAAAUUGGGUUACUUCUCCAUGUAUUGCCCACGCCCUAUAAUGCAAACUUUCUCAAACCAAUGACACCGCAUUUUUAAUUAUAGAAUACGGCUUUAAAUUUUGCACCAAUUUGUAAAUUAGCUGCCGCAUAUUCGGUUUGUAAUUACUCAAACUAAUAGAGAUGUUCAAUUACAGAAUCCGACCGUAUUUUGCUAAAUAAACAAUCACGUGAAAGCACCGCUAAACGAGCGGAAACAGCCGAGCCGAAAUAUGCAAAUAUAUGAAAAAAAUGUAAUUGCAAUUAGUAAAAUAGCACGCGAAUAGUUUUUAUCAAUUUUCAGCUGCACUGAGCGCCGUGCAUAUUGCACCAAUAUUAUGAAACUCCAAUUAAAAAACACUAUUGCUGCUUGUCUACAAAAAGAUCAUUUUUCCCUAUUUAUCCCUGCCCGUGCCGGUGAUCCCCCCAUUAUGCUUUUCGAGUGGCACCAAGUCAAAUCGUGCUUUGAGCCCGCUGAACAUGGGUGUUUCUGAUUUUUUAUUUGUGUGUUUAUUGAGUGCAUUACCAGGCCCUCCCUCUGUUUCAAUUAACGAUGCCAUCGUCCAGCUCUACCCCAUCAAUAAACACAAAUGUCACAAAAUUGAUCCGAUUAGGGACAUCGCGUUCCAGCUCUAUACCGUACACAAUCCUCUGGAAGCACAAAACCUGAUAAUCGGCGAUGAUAAAUUACUCGCCGAAUCUCAUUUCAAUUUCUCGCAACCGACGGUUUUUUACUUCCACGCUUUCUUCGAGUCCUCCUCCACCACAUCUGCCACUCUAAUCAGAACAGCGUAUUUGCAAAGAGGCGGCUACAACAUAAUCCUCUUAAACGCGCCGCGCCUGGAAGCCGGCCCUUGGUACUACACCGCCGCCAGAAACACCCAAGUCGUGGGUGAAUACACGGCCCAACUGAUCGACUAUUUGGUGUCCAGAGGCAUGCAUUUGCCCAGCUUGCACCUAAUCGGGCUGAGUCUGGGGGCCCAGAUGGCGGGCGUUUGCGGCCAAAGCGUCAAAAGCGGGCGCAUUUUCAGGAUAACAGGGCUGGACCCUGCGGGACCCUUGUUCAAAAAGUGGCCCAAGAGUCUGCGUCUGGACAAAGGCGACGCCGAGUUUGUGGAUGUGAUUCACUCGGAUGCGGGCAUUUUUGGCUUUCCGCGGUCCUUAGGGCAUGUGGAUUUCUGGCCGAACCGCGGGGUUUCGCCCCAGCCUGGCUGCACCAAAACCGAAGUGAAAAAAACUAAUCCUGACAAUAUCAUCGCACUUAUUUUUUGUAGCCACUGGAGAUCGUAUCAGUUUUAUGCCGAGUCUGUGAUAAAUCCGCAAGGAUUCGUGGCAGUACCGUGCGAUUCCUGGCAGGAUUAUUUGAACGGGGAGUGCAGACCGACUGCUCCUGUUUCUAAUAUGGGUUUUAAUGUUGAUCUAAAUGCCCAAGGCGAUUAUUACCUAAGGACGGCGUCACAAUCACCGUACUCACUUGAAUAAGACUGGAUUUCUUGCGGUUGUUAUUCCUACAGGCAAACUGUAACCUGAUAUAAUACCUGCUAAUUUUAAUUCAAUGAAGGAUUUUCACAAUACUUCACUAAAAACCAUCAUUACAAAAACAGUAUUAAUUACAACUAUUGUAAGCUCGUAAUUCGUUCUGUCCAGGUUUAAUUGUGUGAGACAGCUGUUUCAGAUUUUUAUUUUAUGCUGAAGCUAAAAAAAAUUGUAUUCACUUUAAACAAACGUUUUUCUUUAAAAAAAUGGCCAAGAACUCAAUACUGGUAGCAAUUUAAGAUCUAAAAGCUGGAACAGUCUGUAAUAACUGUCCACUUAGAAUAAACGUAAAAUGUUGCCAAAGUAAAAAAAUAAGAUCCUAUUUUUUGUUAAUAACUGUAUCAAUAUUUAGCGUUAAUAUUAUGUUAAUAUGUAAUUUAUUUGUUAUAAAAUGUGAUUUAUAUUAAUAAUAAAAUUUUGAAAAGAC